UUGUGGCAGCAACAGCAGCCUCUUCUUUCUGGGAGAGCUGGGUCUGACCCUGCAUCACACACCCUUUCCAGCCAGCGGGGAGAGGUGCCUGGUUGCUGCAGGGGUGCCCAACGCAGCCCGCGCAUCCCAGCCGAUGGUGUCCCGGGACAGGAGUGACUUCAGUGGUCCGAGCUCAAUGGAGAACCCGCGGGCCCCAAAGAAGUCUUUGUCGGCUAGGAAAGCCAGGUCUCUGGACAGGCCGCAGAUCCCCAGGAAGGACUCGGAGUCGGGGCACUGCCAGUGUCUUUCCCUGUACACUGCUCCCUGCAAGAGGGUGCUUCGCCGGACGGCCAGCGAUGGGCCCAGGUGUUUGGAGAGACAAGCUCAACCCUUGGAGGCUCCAGGCACUCUGGCUGCAGCCCUCUGUCUGGAGGAGACCCAGGAGUUUCUCCCCAGUGAGCAGAGACCCCCACAGGACACUAAGAAGGACAAGGCCCAGAAGCGGGCCAGUCCCGGCUGGCUGAAGACCCUGCUGUACUUCUUCCUGAGGACAGGCCCUGAGGAGCCCAGAGAAAAGGCCAGCAGGAAGCCAAAGGGGAGGGACGGGCUCUCACAGCCUGUGGACCUCCCGGAGACCCCCGGGGAGCCAGCCAUCAGGAAGAAAGCCCAUGACAAGAAGGCCAGCCGCAGAAAAGCCUUUGGUCACAAGAAACAUGUUGCUGAGGAAACAAAGGGGGCGGGGCUGCCCGUGACAGCCGCCUUGGGCUCUGAGGAGGCCGACUUGGGCCCAGCUCGCAGGGGUAGAGAAGCUCCUGAUCUCCAUGGGUGCUUGCUCAUCAAAGCUGGAGUCUCAGACGUUUCUUCCCAAGCCACAGAUCACCGGCCAGAAGAGGAGCGAAAGCCUGAGGGUGCUCCCGAAUCCAAGGAUGAUAUCAUCCAGAAGAUAGUGGAACUUCUCCAAAAAGUGGGAGACCAGUGGGAAGCAGAGAGACGGCAAGUCCAGCAGCUAGAGCUUGCUCCGCAAAACACAGCACCAGCCAUCAGGAAGAAAUCCCAAGAGAAAAAGCCCAGCAUCAAGAGAGGAUUUUCUCUUAAGAAACACCACUCUGAGGAGCCCAAGAGAGCAGGGGCCGCAGGCACUGCCAGCCCUGAGGCCCAGCCGCACAGGAAGCACAGCUUUCUGCCCAUGUGUGUUGGUGGCCAUCGGCCCUCCAUCCCGAGUAGCUCUGACUUGGAAGAACCUGAAGUCCAAGAGGCCCUCCCUACAGACAUUGGGCAUCCUAGUUCCUCUGAGCUGUCUACCCAGGAGGGAAGCUGGGGGCCGGAAGAGGAGCUGCAGUUGGACAGAGCCUCGGAAUCUAAAGAAUUCCUCCAGAAGAUCAUUGACCUACUCCAAGAUGCGAAAGAGCAGGGGGCAGAAAAGCGACGUCAAGCCCAGCAGCCAGAGAUGGCUGUAGAAAACCCGGCCCCAGUCUGCAGGAAGAAAUCCCAAGAGAGAAAGCCCAGCUUCAGGAGACCCUUUUCUCUUAAGAAACACGGUUCCAAGGAGCCCAAGAGAGCGGGGACUGCAGGCGCGGCCAGCCCUGAGGCCGGGCUGCCCAGGAAGCACGGCUUUCUGCCCACGUGUGUCGGUGGCCAUCGGCCUUCCAUUCCCCUUAGCCUCGAUUUGGAGCAUCUCGAGUUCCAGGAGCCCUCGCCUGCUAACCGGGGGCCAGUCGGCUCCCCAGAAACACCCUCUGAAGCUGGAAGCUGCAAGCCAGAGGGGGCGCCUCAGCUUGAGGGAGCGUGUGAAUCCAAGGAGAUGAUCAUCGAGAAGCUGGUAGCCCUUCUCCAAAAAGUGGAUGGCAAGUUGGGUGAGCAGAUUAGGCGACACCCCAGCUUUAAGAGGUUUCUUUACAAGUUCUCAGACUCCAACCUCAGAGAGCUGGCAGCUGCCCUGCACAGCCAAGAUCCCCUCCCCCCGGAGCCUGAUAGGAACCUUGCUGGGAGACCCUACCAGUUUGCUGAUGGCUUAGCGAAGAAAUUUGCUGGCAACCAUAGCCACGCGGUCCCCCGCCUCAUGGGCCUGGUGUGCCACUACAGUCAGCACACUUACGCCCAAUUCUCAUACAGGGAGACCCUGAUGCACACUACAAGUCCUCAGACCCAAAGUCCAGAUUGAAAGUGGUGCUCUGCACCCCAAGUUCCUAUGAACUGGCCAGACAAUUGGCAGAUUUAGCCAGGAGGAGACCUUGAAGAUGCCUCAUGAUGCCUCAACCCUGUGCUGCACAGACAUGACUGAAGACAAGAGAGGACAACCGUUCUGUGUCCACACACCAUUGUGGGUUUGUUAAUACCGAGACUGCACAACGCAUUUGUCCACGAUUCUAGAUGGGGGAAAGGAGUGCUGGACUGGGAGUUAGAAGACUGGGUGCACCUGCUGGACCUGCCACGAACCUGCUGCAAGACCUUGUGCAUGGCCCUUCUCCACUCCACACCCUGGGUCCUGGGCUGGUGUGGGUGACCCGUCAGACCUCUUCCAGCACUGUCUUGAUGAUAUCUCUCUAUAGAGAGGGGGUCAGAACCUUUGCUCUGUGGCUAAAUGCUCUCCACUGGGCUAGAGGUGAUCUCUAAGUCUUCAUGGAAUGAGUGAAGGAAUGAAUGGGAAAACAACUGAGACCCAGGCAGCUCUGCCAAGCACUCCCUGGGCGGCCUUGGUCCUCAGCUAACACUGCGUGGCCCGUGGGUUAGGGAGGAAAUGGUGGGGGGGGGGCGCCCUUGACCGGCGCAGGCCACGAGCGCUGGACCAGGAAUCAAACCCUUGAGUUCUGGGGCCAACCCUAAUGCCAUCUUGUGUCCCCCUGGGCCGGUCUCCUGAUUUUUAUUUUCAUUUAAAAGUAUGUCUAAAUUCUUAAUCUUUUUUGUCAUCAUGAAUUUUCUCAAUCCAUAGGGGCUUAAAACAUGCCCACUAUCACGUGGAAGGCCUGUGGACAUUUUUUCCAGAUGUUAAAAAUGGGUCUCAGUUUUAAAAAACAAAUUUUUAUUUAAUCUUUCACCAGAAUAUCCACAUGCAUUUAAACAGAUGUGUAUCUAUGUGCAAAACAUCAAUGUUUGAUGCCUGUAUGGUUUCAUAGAUGCCUUCCAGGAACUCUGCAGGCCCCAAGUGGGAGAGAGCUAGAGGUGAGGGACCCCUGGAAUCUUCCAACCCUAUGUCCUAUAAUUCUAUGACCAUAUAAAUGAAGCUAAUGCCUUGGACCUCUCCCAUCUCAUGGGGAUUUGUGAAGAGCCAGUGAGAAAAUAGGCAUGAUGAGUUCUGAAAAUUACACAGUGCUGUGUCCAUGUAUGUUGUUAUUCUUAUUAUGGCUACAAGCUGGGUAAUUUUCACGAAAUGGAGGAGUGCUGCAAGCAGGACCACUCGGAUGGUUGCAUUGGUGUGCACUGCCCCAAAGCACAUUACCCAAGGGGUUGAUGUUCACAUUCUGAACAUUGUAGAUCUGUAGAUUUAUGGUCAAUGAUUUUCCAAUUAAUGGCAGUAAAGUGUCUUGAGGAGAAGCUCCUUUUUGUAUUUGCACAAAGGUGAGUUGUGGCUGGUAGAGGUGCUGCCUUCUGCACAGCUCAACAAUUUCAACAGCUUGGCUUGGAUGGGACAAGUCACUUCCAACACAGGACACUGAACAGAGGUCUGACUCCCGUGGACAUUGCCUGAAACACGUGGCCAUAGGGAAGAGGGUGUUAAAACCUGGAUGGCCAACUAAAUCUUGGUACCCUUGGUGGAGAUGGGAUUGCCGGGUUGAACUGCGGUUAGCACCAAGGGGUGAGACUGUAGAGGGGAGGGCUGAGGGCAGGGACACCCUGGCUCCUUAGAUGGGACUGACCUGCAACCCAAGGCAAAGAUUUGGGACAUUGAACUGGGCAUAUUCUAAAAUUCGUUUAAUUUUUAUUGCUUCUGAGAAGUGGAGCAGGGGUGGGGUGAGGGUGGUAUUUAUGGAUUUUUUUUUAGGCAGUGUUCAGGAACACAGCACCAAAAUAUGAAGGAUCAGAAUAAGUUAUGAAAUGAAGGGCAGGGACCUUUUGUACAUAGUUUCUUGUUUGGAAUGAUGUUCUUUAAGUUGUAUGAGUAUUUGGUAUGAGUUCCCGAUGCUGGCAUCUGAGUCUCAUUUUUGUACUGUGUUAUUUGAGCAAAUAAAAAAAUCAACUCGCCCAAA